AUGCGAGGACGACUGCGCCUAUGUAGUCCAGCAGUUGCAUCCGUGGAACAAGAGGGACGCCGCUACGAUGCGAGCGCCCUCUGCGGGGCUCGAGCGCAGGCUCUCGCGCCUGGCUAUGGACCCCCCAAAAAAUGGGGAGGGAGGGGGAAUUCGGAGGAGAACGAAGAGGACUCUACAAUGACUGCGUGGAAAGAGACCGACGCCCGCGCUUCUCCAAAAAAUCCGCGGUCGCCGGGCCGCUCCAUCGAGUGGCUGUGGCGACCAGCCCCGUCGCCUCCGGGAGAGCUGCGGCUCGAGCGCCGCGGCGGGCAGACCACGCCGAGGCACAGGCCGCAGGCACCCCCAGGGACGGGGGGCUCGCCCGUCAGGGCCGUCGGGCGGGCGGGGGGGCCCCGCCCUGGACACCAGCCCAGCUUCGACGCGGGGCCCUCGGGGAGCAGGAGGGAGGAGGAGGAGGAGGAGGAGGAGGAGGAGGAGCUAAGAGGAGGCAAAGAGCCGCCUGGCCGAGCCGCGCGUCCGGGGCAGGCGGUGGCACUUGGCACGGCAACCUCGAAGGGACCAGCAGGAUUCGGAGGAAGAGGAAGAGGAGGAGGAGGAGGAGGAGGAGGAGGAGGAGGAGGAGGAGAGCGAGAGGGAGCGGAGACUGGCAAGACGCGUGCCAGGACGCAUGCCGCUGCGCUGCGUCGCCAGUCUGCUCAACGGUCGACGGUGCUUCGGAGGCUCCUUCGAGUUGGUCCAACCUGCCGGGUCAUGUCUCCCGGCUGGUCGCACUGGACCAGCAGCGCUGCGGCGCCCUAA